AUGUAUUUCCGACCAGAUGAUUUGCCAGGUUUACCUCCAGAAAGAGAAAUGGAGUUUAGCAUUGAACUGGCACCAAAGACAGCACCGAUUUCUAAAGCCCCUUACCAGAUGGCCCCAACUGAGCUUCAGGAGUUGAAGAAGCAACUUCAAGAACUCCUAGAUAAGAAAGAACUAUUGAAAGAAUUAUGCAGGGAACAGAUUGAGGUGAUACCAGGAAGGAUUGUCAGGUUGGAAAUUCAGUCUACUUUACUAGAAGAAAUUAAAGAAAAGCAAGUUGUCGACGAGUGGUAUCAGAAAAUAAGUCAACAAGUGUUGGAAGGCGAGAAAUCAGAAUUUCACCUUUUAGAUGGUGUCCUCCGUUUCCGAAAUCAUAUAUGUAUUCCUCAAGAUGUUGAGUUGAAGAAGAAGAUUCUUGAGGAGGCUCAUAGCACACCAUAUAUUGCUCAUCCUGGAGGAACCAAAAUAGAGAAAUAUGCUUUGAAUGUAGCUCUUGGACCAGAGAUAACUCAAAAAAUGAUGGAAGAUAUUAAGUUGAUCAGGAACAGAAUGAAGCAAGCUCAAGACAGACAAAAGAGCUAUGUGGAUUCAAAGAGAAAGGAUGUAGAAUUUGAAGUGGGUGAUAAAGUGUUUAUUAAGAUUUCCCUCUACAAGUGGGUAAUGCGGUUUGGUGGUAAAGGAAAACUUGCCCCCAGAUACAUUGGCCCCUUUGAAGUAUUGGUACGAAUAGGAAAAUUAGCUUACAAAUUGGCACUACCACCAAAUAUGAAUAAAGUGCAUAAUGUGUUCCAUGUCUCACUACUUCGAAGGUAUAUUAGUGAUCCCUCCCAUAUAUUAAAAGAAGAAGAAGUGGACUUAAAAGAGAAUCUUGUUUACGAGGAGCGUCCAGUACAGAUAUUGGAUAGAAGGAUUAAAGAGCUCUGA